AUGUUGUUGCUGAAGAACGUCCUUUUUCUUCUUUUCCUGAUCUUUGAACUCCUCCUCGCUGCCAGCAUCCAAGUACGACAGGACUCCAAGGUCCAAGUAUGGCAAGACACUUCGGUUCGGAAUUACUUCCAAGACGACACCAUGUUUCUCUGGAACGGGAUCGCCACAUUCUCUCGUCACGUCACCGAUGGCCAGCUUGUGCAAAUAGCGGAAGAUGGUCUUAAAUCUAUGCUCAGGGAUGCACGCGAUAGGGUGCCCAAAAAGCGGGUUCCAACAGUCAUGUCGGCACUGGUGUAUCAGGGAAAAAGCGACUGGCGCGUUUUUCUUUCUUCGUCAUUGAAGGGCUCGACAUCUAUGAUCUACGAAUACAAACAGGUAGAGGGAGACAAGGCAUGCGGAGACAUGAGAAAUACGGUCCCUGGAGCAGUGAAAGACGCACUCAGUCAGUGCGCUGCCGAGACAAAGUCAAGCCAACACCUUUAUGAUGCCGGCUGCGGCGAGAUGAACAUUCUGUUGGAAUUCGCUGCUAAGACUGGACGAAGUCCAAGGAGGAUCGCGGCCAAUUCCCGGAUGGUGACAUGGCAGGGCGAAGUGGACGGGAAAAGCUUGAAAUACUCUGGUGGAAAAAUUAAACCACCUUGCACGGCGCCCGGGAGAUUUGGAUGUGAUAAUACUCUUAAGGCGCUCACCCAACGCAUUAAAAUUCUCAGCGAGGAUACAGGACGCCGGAGCUAUGUCAGCAACAGGCCUACAUCAACAGAAUACCAGCCCCUGUUCCCUGGUUAUGAGAACGGUGCCACAGAGUCAUCUGAGGACGGUACCACAUAG